CAGAGCAGCAGAAUAGACCAGCAGUAGAAGGACCCUCUUUGCAAGCCUGUCAAACCCCUCUGAAGUUACUUGUACUUCUGGGUUCUGUUCCUCACAACCGCAGGAGGCGGGCCGUGCUCGGCUCCCGAUUGGCUCACUCAGCAAGGCGCUCCCAUUCUGAUUGGUGGAAGGUCCUCCUGUUGCUAUGUGUUGCCCUGGGUAGCAGGCGGUGUGUGCGGAGGGAUCUGGUCGUUCUUCUGCCCCGCCUUGUCCUCUCCGGACCGGGGGACAGCCAGUGUGCCUGCCCUGCGGACGGGGACCCGAAUUGCUGUCCCGAGGGGGUUCCCUCCUCUUCCGAGAGGCUGGAGCCUCCCCCAGCAAUGCGUACUGCGGAUUGCUCAGAGAAAACUCCCCGAGCUACGGGUCCAUUACCUGUAGCAGAACUCGGUCAGCGAAAGCUGUGCAAGAGGUGCCCCACAGCACCAGCAAGGAGCAACACAGCAAAUACUUUUGACUGCAGUAGAUUCUUUGGGAAGACAAAUACUAGCAGAUACUGGCUGACACAGAAGGACUUCUAUCGCGGGAAGGUGGCUCCUGAUGAAAGCAGAGACAUUAUCACUUCUGCUCAGUCCAUCUUAGACAGAGAAAACUACUUUGUGAGAGAGGUGGACAGCUAUUUGAGGCACCAGGAUUUCUUACAUCUAAGAAAGAAGGAGCUUCUAUACAAGAAGUGGCUUGAGGAUGUUUCAGAGCCGUUGCUGUGGAAAAUCAAGGACAAAAUGGAUAGGCAGUCGAGGAAAGAAAUACAGAAGAGGAUGGACGAACAACUUUCUCUCUAUUUAAACUACUGUAAAAAGAAGGGCUAUGUGGCUUUGGAAACUUACGACCCAUCAGAAUAUGACCCAUUGUUCCUGAAGACGUGCACAGACUGCUGGAAGGUUUCAAUCCCAGCUUUACAGGAUCCUCUGUUACAAGAUGUUCAGAAAAAGUUUAUUGAGGCAGGCAUUGUCAAGCGGUGUGAGACAGGGAGACCGUGCUCUAUCAGAGAGCUGCAGGAGCUGCCCCUGCUUCCCCUGGGCCGGCAGCAAAUGAAUGCGAUCGAAUGGCUGAAGGUUCCAUACAACUACAUUGCUAGUGAGUUCCACCGAAAGAGAGUCAUGGACCACCACAAAGACAGCGAGAGCAAAUGACAUCGCCUGUCCUCCAGCUCACUGCAGUGGCAAGCACAGCCAUCAGAAGGUACUGCCUGCAAAACACACUUCUGCCAAAGCAAGUGACAGUGAGCCAAGUCUUACUGCAGAACUGCAAUAAACUCAUUGUCUUAAAGCAGUG